AUGGCAUCGUCCCUCGCCGCGCAGCUGUCGCAGAUUGCGGCAAACUCGACCAACCAGUUAAACCUCAAGGCGCAGAGGAUAGCGCAUUCACAAUCUUUGAUUUUCGAUAGAAAGGUCGCCGGGUCCCAAGAUUUCGAUACGAUCUAUGAUAUAUGCAACGAAGGUUUCCAGGAAUUAUGCGAGUUGGAUCCCCGCUUUGCGCAAUUCGAGCGCACGAUCUUCAGCGAACAGAGCAAGGCGCAGGAGCGAACGGAAAUGAACGCUGCCCAGAAUAAGGAGCUGGAUGCCGUUUUGGAGACUUUCCUUGCCUUGGUCGGAGGGAAAUUAUUGCUAAGUCCUGCUGUAAAGGCUGUUGACUGGCUCGUUAGGCGUUUCCGGAUACACGAAUAUAACAUGGAGUUUACAAUCCUCACAUUCCUUCCAUAUCACACCACCCCUCUGUUCUUGAAUCUAUUGUCGAUACUUCCAGAGGAUCUGACACCGACCUUCAAAAUUCUCAAUCCCUAUAAGAGAAGCUCAAUCAACCCCCCGCGCCAUCCGCUCGUGCACAGUGCUACCACAAACAAGCCAUUCUUCGCAGCUUUAAAUAGAUACACCAUCCAAGUCAGCAGGGAACGAGCGGGUCACCAUGCGCUUUUGACAUUUUGGGCGGGUAUCGUAACAGAGUCUGUUGCUGGAAUGCUGGAUUCGGGGCGUUCCGGUCGACGAAACAUUGAGAAGGAAAACCACGACGAUAUCAUCAUGCGAGUUCUUCCGGUAUUGAAUGACGGGUUGGCUAUGAAGGAUGUAGCAGAGCUGGUCAUCGGGUGCUACAUGGUUUGCGUGGCUAUUGCACAAAAAGCUUCUUUGCACGACAAGGUCCUCGAUAGCUUGAUGGAGGCUGUGGCAGAGUCUUGGACGGAAGAAACUGUGAACUCGGGUCUUGUCUGCUUAGCCGUUCUUGCACAGAAGAAGCCAGACACCUCGUUACCAAAGCGUGUUUUCAAAGCCAUCCUUCGAUUGGAGAACCCUCUUCAGCAGUUGUCCGAAACCUCAAAACAGCACCGGGCAUCUCAACUACUACUUGGAUUGGUGGCAGGCUGCGUACAGGACCUCUCGAAGCAGAAAGACACAGCCCGUCUUGAUUUCCUGUCGCUUAUGUUCGAGAGUGAACUGUUAGGAGAGUCUGAAUUGGGCAGUGGCAUGACCUUGGUCUUGCGCGCUAGUGGCAAUGCUCAUAAGGAUGGUGUCAUGUCUCUGGAUGCGCAGACACAUCUCGCGGAUCUGGUACAGCACUUCGGCCGGUCGGAAUCCCUGCGUCCUAUCUUCCAGAAGACCGUUGCGGAGUCAUCCUUUGAUAUUGCUGCUAUCGAACAAAAUCUGCAAACAGUUAUCGAGUCUGCACCCGCUCCCAAAGCCUUGGAAGACGUGGAGAUGGAAGAUGCGGAGAAGGAGGAGGAGCAAGAUAACUUCACACCGGCUCUAGAGUCUCUGGCGGGUAGCUCGUUCAAGGGCUCAUAUCUCAGUACCCAAUCCAUCCCAGUGUACGAUAGCCUUGUCCGGACUUUUGGUCUGGGUAUUGGGUCUCAAGAGAAGCUUGAUGCCUUCGCCAGCCUGCCAGCUCUUGACAAAGCGAACGCUACAAAAUCUCCUCAAUAUCUGUCUUUCUUUGUCCGGGUCUUCUCCGGGUCAUAUCCCAUUGGUACCAGAGUGGCUGCAUUGAAUAUGGUCUCUUCGUUCCUCACUACCGCUUCCAUUGACGUGGAUCUCCAAGCAUUACUGCCUUUUGUCUUAGUCACUCUUGCCGAUCCCUCAGAGCGAGUUCGUCGGGAGGCUGCUGGCAUUUUGACUAUCAUUGGUAGUCUCCAUAAGAAUAAGAAGGGUGAUGCUCCAGGAGGCGUCUGGGCCUGCAACACAAUUUAUGGUCAAGACAGUCAGCCCAAGAAUAUCCAAUGGAUCCCGGGCCGCGAUUUACAGAAGGUUUUCGAGCGCGCUUUGCUUCCAGGAUUGGAAGAAUACGUCAUUGAUCCAGAUCAUAUCGGUCGAGUUCUCGAGGCUACUCUGCGUGGCUCGUCCGUUUCGGACUCCGAGUCGUCUGAGCUUAAGAAGGCUGUUCGAUUAAGCUUUUUCACCUGCCUCUGCUCUCAUGCUGUUCAUGUUCCGCUCUAUGCGCCCAAAUUUGGUUUGCUAAAGCUUCUUAACCGUGUUGAAAAGGCUGGUGGAACGACCCGUACUAAGGAACUUGGGCCGCUACUAAAGAGCUGGAGAGAGAUGGAUGGACAGAAGGCUAAGGAUGUUUGUGAGAAGGAGCGAGUCCCUGUUUCAGAGAUGCAGAACCAGAUUGUCUUGACGGUGACACCAAAGGAGAGAGACGCUAUCACCGUGCUUUUAUCCAACGUGAGCCCGUAUUCGGAGUCCCUGAGUCCUUCUUUCGUCGGCGCAAUCUUCGGUCGUAUGAAGGAUGUCUGGCCUAAGGUUCCUGAAGAUCGGCAAGUUCUUGCCGCGGAGAAUCUCUUUGAGAUAUCUAUGGAACAAUCAGAUUCGCCUCUGGUUGAUGGUUGUAGGGACGUCCUGCGCAGUGUAGAACUUCCGGGAGCCGUGCUUUCUCAAUUCCUCCAGAAGAUUCCUGCCACGGUCACUGAUAUGGAAGGUCUUGGGCCGGCUCCCAAGAGAAGGCGCACCAGCCAGAGUAAUAUGGUCGCAAUGACCGUCAAGGAUGAGGCUACUCUCAGUGAACUCAUGGAGAAGAUGACCUUCAUUCUGGAGUUGGUAGAUAGUUCUUUCCCUGAGACCCACCCGGAACUGGCUGACGGCUUGUUCCAAACCCUGGCUGCUCUCCACCACUUCAAGUCUCAAGUUCAGUCAGGAAUGAGUUACCUGCUCAGCUUGGCACUUGGCAGCUUGCUGGCUAUUGUCAAUCGCUCGAAGACCAUUGGUAAGCCACAGUUCGAUACCUCCGUUAUUCGUGCCGAUCUGGUUGUCGAUUGUGUCCGCACUACCGACAGUCCUCAAGUGCAGAACGCAGCCCUUCUCUUGGUUGCGGGACUGUCUGUCAUUGCUCCUGAAGUGGUUCUUCACAGUGUGAUGCCAAUCUUCACUUUCAUGGGCUCCAGCGUGCUCAAGAAGGAUGACGACUACUCUGUUUCCGUGAUCGAUCAAACGAUUGACCAAGUCGUCCCGGCCCUCAUUCAGUCAUUGCGUAACCAGAAGCGUGACGUUGUGUCAGGGACAUCCGAGUUGCUGCUCAGCUUCACCGCUGCCUUCGAGCACAUCCCUUCACAUCGCCGCCUCCGACUUUUCCACGCCCUUAUUACGAAGCUUGGAACGCAGGACUUCUUGUUCGCUGUUUUGUCCAUGCUCGCCAAUAGAUAUUCCAUGGAUAAGGAUGUUUUGAUCUUGAUGACGGGCCUGGUAUCGGAUGCCAAUGCUCCUGUUGAACUUGCCACCUACAGCAAGUAUCUCGGACUGGUCAGCGACUCUCUCAAGUCGAAGCCUGGUAUCUCACAAGUUCUCCUUGGAAUCGGAAGUGACGACGGCCGUGAGCCUCAGAAGGUUGCCGUUGACCUUCUCCGGGCUUUGGCCUACCUGUUUAGGCAUUCUUCUCUCAAGUCAAAGAUGGCCAAGGCCUUCACAACAGAGGAAGGUGAUGAACCUCAACAAAUCCGCGCCCUCUUCUCGCAGAUCCUGGAACAAACCUUGGCAAUUGGAGACAACAUGCAGGACAUGAAGUCCGUCGGCCAGGCAAGUGGUGAAGUUCUCAGUGCACUGUUCGGAACCUUAUCGCUCGUCGAUUUCCUCGACACGAUCGAGGUGUUGCUUGAGCGCCCCAACGACGAACUCCGCCGCAAGGUUCUCCGGCUCCUGGAAGGCCGGUUACGCCAGAACCCCGAACGUGACAGUCCUUCCCAAACCAGGAUGUUGGACUUCUUGCCCGUCUUGGUCAAGAUUGUCGAGUCUUCGCCAGACAUCCUGCUCAAGCACGCUGCGGUGGCUUGCAUCGACCGCAUAGCCGACAAGUAUGGUAAGAAGGACCCGUCGAAGGUUAUCCCUGCCGCCAGGGUUGUUGCUAGUGAGGUUUGCAUCGGACAGGAGGAUGACCGUAUUCGCAUCAUGGGCGUGCUGUGUCUUGCCUCUAUGGCCGAAGUCCUGGGCCAGGCCAUGAUCCCUGCCCUGCCGGACACACUCAACCGCUCGCUGGCCUUGCUUGAAUUGAGCUUGGAGGAUGGCAAGGAGAACACAAGGUUGCAUGAUGCUGUUUACUCCCUGUUCUCAGCUCUUUUCGUCCACCUUCCUUACAUGAUCUCCGCUUCUCAUCUGGACAAGGUCCUUGUACUUUCGUACAAGUCCGCCAUGAACGAUGAGUGUGAAGAAGAGAGCCGGCAGGAAGCACUGAGACUUAUGGCCAAGAAGGUUGAUGCGUCGGCGACAUUCGGUGCAGUCGACCGCAACUGGCAGCAUGCGGUGCAAGCCGGACCAGACGCUACGAAGGAAACUCUGGAAGUCGUCAGCAUGGCCAUUGAGAAGCACCCGAAGUCAUCUACCGCGAAGAACCUCCCUGUAAUCACCAACAUUCUUUUCAAGGCGUUCGAUUUGCGUCGGGAGCAACUCGCAUUAGGAUCGGAUGCUACUUUUGACUUGUCUGAUGUAGACGAGAUCGAGGAAACCAUCAAUGAGGUCACAAUCAAGAUGGUUUACAAGCUCAACGACUCAACCUUCCGUCCUAUCUUCACAAAGCUCCUCGAGUGGGCAACAACCGGCGUUUCAAAGAAGGAUACCCAGGGCAGCCUGGCCCGACUCACGACCUUCUACAAGUUCCUGCAGGUUUUCUUCGGAACUCUUCAGUCCAUUGUCACCGGCUAUGCCAGCUACAUCCUCGAGAACGUAGUAUCAGUCCUCGGCAAAGCCAGCCCGUCCAACCCCAACACCAAAUCCCUCUGGUUGGCAGCUAUGCGCCUGCUCAAGAACGCUUUCGAGCAUGACCAAGACGAGUUCUGGCAAUCUCCUUCACAUCUCACCAAAAUCGCAACACCCCUAAUCUCCCAACUCGCCCACGCCACUCACUCCACAACAGCAACCCUAGUCAUCAACGAAGCCAUCCCAGCAAUCACCGAACUGGCCGUGGCAGCCGACUCCACAGACAAUCACAAGGAACUCAACACAGUCCUUAUGCGGUACCUGCGUCCCUCAGCCGGCCCCACCGGCAAAGCCGCCGGCGGCGAGAACCCGCACACGCGUCUCGCAGCCCUCAAGACGGAACAGGCGCUCACCGAGCAGCUGGGCGAGGAGUGGCUUGCUCUGUUGCCCGAGAUGCUGCCGUACAUCAGUGAACUGAUGGAAGACGAGGACGAGAACGUGGAGAAGGAGGUUCGCAAGUGGGUUAAGCAGAUCGAGGACGUGCUCGGCGAGAAGUUGGAUGAUAUGUUAACCUGA